GAGGAUAGUGGAUGACUGCGGAGGCGCCUUCACCAUGGGAGCCAUCGGGGGGGGCAUCUUCCAGGCUAUCAAGGGCUUCAGGAAUUCCCCAGUGGGUGUAAACCACCGGCUGCGGGGCAGCUUGACAGCAAUUAAAACAAGAGCUCCACAACUGGGAGGUAGCUUUGCUGUCUGGGGAGGCCUCUUCUCCAUGAUUGACUGCAGCAUGGUCAGAAUGAGAGGGAAGGAGGAUCCUUGGAAUUCCAUCACCAGCGGAGCCCUGACUGGAGCCAUAUUAGCUGCAAGAAAUGGCCCCGUUGCCAUGGUGGGAUCUGCUGCCAUGGGAGGAAUUCUCCUGGCUUUAAUCGAAGGAGCUGGAAUUCUCUUGACGAGAUUUGCCUCCACACAGUUUGCAAACGGCCCCCAGUUCUCAGACGACCCCUCCCAGCUGCCACCCGCUCCCUCGCCCUCUCCCUUUGGCGACUACAGGCAGUACCAGUGA